AUGGGUGAACAACAGAACGAAAUUGACUUGGAUUCGGUCAUCGAUCGACUUUUAGAGGUACGAGGAAAUCGACCGGGUAAAGCUGUACAAUUAGCAGAAUAUGAGAUCAAAUAUCUUUGUACGAAAGCCCGAGAAAUCUUCAUCAGUCAACCUAUCUUACUUGAACUGGAAGCUCCAAUCAAGAUCUGCGGCGAUAUCCACGGACAAUACUAUGAUUUACUGAGGUUAUUCGAAUAUGGCGGUUUCCCACCGGAAGCCAAUUAUCUGUUUUUGGGAGAUUACGUCGACAGAGGAAAACAAUCACUCGAAACUAUCUGUCUGCUCUUGGCGUACAAGAUCAAAUACCCAGAAAACUUCUUUAUCUUGAGAGGGAAUCACGAAUGCGCGAGUAUCAAUAGAAUUUAUGGAUUCUACGAUGAAUGCAAGCGACGUUAUAACAUCAAGUUGUGGAAGACCUUUACCGACUGUUUCAACUGUUUACCCAUCGCUGCUAUCAUAGAUGAGAAGAUCUUCACUAUGCAUGGUGGUUUGAGUCCCGAUCUUCAAAGUAUGGAACAGAUCCGAAGGGUAAUGAGACCAACGGAUGUACCUGAUACUGGUCUCCUAUGUGAUCUGCUUUGGUCUGAUCCCGAUAAAGACAUUACAGGAUGGAGUGAGAACGAUCGAGGUGUAUCUUUCACAUUUGGACCGGACGUGGUAUCGCGAUUCUUGCAAAAACAUGAUAUGGAUUUAAUCUGUCGAGCACACCAAGUCGUUGAGGAUGGUUAUGAAUUCUUCGCCAAACGUCAACUGGUAACCCUAUUCUCGGCUCCUAAUUAUUGUGGAGAGUUCGAUAAUGCCGGUGCUAUGAUGUCCGUCGACGAUACAUUACUCUGUUCCUUCCAGAUCCUCAAACCAGCGGAGAAGAAAGCUCCGAAAUAUGGGGGAUACGGUGCCAGCGGACGGCGUCAGUGA